GAGCCCAGUCCUCUUUCGUCGCCCUUAGGACCCCUCUCAGAGUCGCCCGAGUCCGAGUCCGGAUUCCAAAAUCUUUCCUUACAGACAGAGCUGAGGAACUCCAGGGAUAAUAGUGUUUCUUCGGGAUAUGACCCUAUCUCAAGCAGAUCUCCGUUGUUUGAAAGCGAGCAUGGACUCGGUCCGUCUGGACUGGAUCGUAUACGCCAGCAUCAACCCUCGCGUGUCUUGACCCUCCCAAACCUCUCUACGUCGUCACUAGCCCCGAUGGCGGCUCAACGCCCCGCUGCGUCGCCCCGCUCGCGCUCGUCGUCUCGAGUUAACCCGGGACGCUUGUCCGCGACCCAAAGCUUCACGGAUUUGGAGGAUCUUCACCGGUUUCCCUUGGAGUCGUUACACUCCUUCUCCUUUGCACAACAAUCGGAGGAAUUCCUUCACAGUCGCCAAAAUAUCCUCAAAAGAUCCAUUGAUUUCAUGCGCGACCGCAUGGGGUGGGCUGGCACCAAUCCUGCCAUCGCCAACGCACAAGCCAAUGUCAGCGGAGACACGGAAAUCCAAGGUAUGAUGGACCUUUUGACCCGCGCGAAUAUGCUUGAAACCCAGGAGCACCAAAGCCAAGCCCGAGGACCCAUUACCGGCCCUGCAGAUAUCAAUGGCGACAACAUCUUUGAGAAGGCCUUUUCGGACGGCGACUCUUCUACUUCUCCAAUCAGCACCCGGGAUAUGGCACAGGAAUCUGCCGCGGGGUCACAUCCAUCGGACAGCUCCCAGUUUCUGAGUCCUGUCCCCAGUGAUCGUAUCUCGAACCAAAGGAGGAACUUGACCUCCGCCCCAACGUCCAGGCGCGUAAGCUUAAAACGUACAUACACGGAUCUCUGCUCAGCCUCGCUCAAGAGCAAGCUGAUGGAAACUCUAGCUCAACCUUACACCUCCUCCGCGGACCCUUUCGCCUCCCUUAGUUCCUCCACCGCUGGAUUGGGGUUCCCUUUCCCGGCUCUCCACACCCACAGCAGCAAAUGGACUCCCGUAUCCCAGGCCGUCUUUCGAACUGAAGCCCAAGCACCAUGGACCAUCCUGGCAGCUAAUGAUCUCUCCUGUCUGAUUUUCGGUGUGCUUCAAUCUGAAGUUCGUCGUCUCAGUAUCCUGGAGGUCGUACAGAAGGAACACAGGGACUGGCUCGAAAGCAAACUUCGGGAUCCCAGCACUGACGCCGCAGCCCGUAUGCCGCUUCAGCCCGAACGCGCCAAUAUCAAUGCCGUCAACCCGAAGUUUAGAGGUCUUGGGAACGGGGUGACAGCCCAACUACUUAGCAAACCAUCUUCACGGGAAAAGUCGCGAAGAGCCCAAACCGAUGACGGGUAUGGCUCAAGCACGAGAAAUGCCCGAAAUGCAAACCACCCGGCCACUAAGUCACGCGGCGUUUUGUUGUGCGGUGAUGUUGUUCCGAUCCAAAAACGAAACGGGACGCGGGGUUCCGCUAGCGUCUGGGUGAUGGAGAAGCGUGGUGGCCUGAUCUGGGUUCUAGAAGAAAUUACAGAGAACGCUGCCUCUGUCCAGUGCGACGAUUCAUGGAACGUUGUGGAUGUCAAAGGUGACACUGACAAAAUCUGGGGCUCAUCUGUUGUCCACAAGGGGCAACCAAUCACCGACCUUCUCCCGUGUUUGCCAGCUGACUCUCUACAAACCUCUUUUGACAAGGGAGUGGCCAAAAUCGCGGGGCUGAAACACUUUGCCGCGCGCACCGCGGCUGGCGUUUGUAUCCCUGUGGCGGUCGGCAAGGGAGGAGAUCGAACUCUCCAAGUUUCGAGUUUCCCCCACGUCGCUGGAAUGAUGGUCUUGUCGUCCUCGUCAUUGAAUGUUAUCAGCUCUAACUCCGUCUUUUCAUCUGUCUUGUUCGGUCAAGAGCGACCGGAAGGACUCCACUUUACUGAUUUGGUCCCGGAUUUCGACGAGAUCCUGGACGUCCUAACUGAGGAGGACAAUGUGCCAUUGGUUGAUGGUAUUGUGAUUCCUGAACACAGCUUCCGGCGGGCACGGACGCUCUCUAUCCUUCGCGAUGGGAAAGCAAAUGCAGCCUCGGUAUUCACAGAGCCAAGUGGUCUUCUCGCUAAGCACAGAGACGGUUCGACGAUUGUUGUGGAUAUCCAGUUGCGUGUGGUCAAAAGCGGAACCUUCUUCUCAAAGGAGAAGGCCGAGAAAGAGAAAGAGAAAGAGAAAGAGAAGGAGAAGGAGAAAGCCAGCGACCGAAACAGUGACUCGGACGAUAGUGACGAUACAAUUGCAGUCACAGAGUUGGUUUAUGCAUUGUGGAUUACCUACUCAAGGCAGCUCCAUGCUGCCGGACCCGCCGCCGGCCUGUCACCAUCAUCGGUACCCACCUCCAAGCCGACUUCUCCAACCCAUGAUCCCGGCUCGGAUAGGCCCUCAGAGUCCAGCUCUCCCACGCAGACCCCUGAAACUCGUAGUACCUCAGUUGAGGUGCAAGCUCCGACCUCGACCCUCAGCCAGCAACUCAGCGAGGCUGCAUCACAACCUCUUACCGACCGCCCUGUACAACCUGUUCCCGAGAUCAACGCGAAGAACGAGCUUCCAGCGAAACGAUCCAUCAGUGACUACGUGAUCCUUGAGGAAAUGGGACAGGGUGCCUACGGGCAGGUCAAAUUGGCACGUCUGAAGAAGCAGCCUGCCAAGAAAAUGGUCCUCAAGUAUGUCACCAAGAAACGAAUCUUGGUGGACACAUGGACUCGUGAUCGCAAGCUCGGAACUGUUCCUCUGGAGAUUCAUGUUCUGGAUUUCCUACGACGCGAUGGGCUGAAGCACCCUAAUAUUGUGGAGAUGGAAGGUUUCUUUGAAGAUGAUAUCAAUUACUAUAUUGAAAUGACUCCGCACGGACUUCCCGGGAUGGAUCUCUUCGAUUAUAUCGAGCUCAAGGCCAACAUGGAGGAAUCAGAGUGCCGCAACAUCUUCAAACAGGUUGUGAGCGCGAUCAACCACCUACACACCAAAUCGUUGGUGGUCCAUCGCGACAUCAAGGACGAGAAUGUGGUUCUCGAUGGCGAAGGACGGAUCAAGUUGAUUGAUUUCGGUAGCGCGGCCUACAUUAAGAACGGACCGUUUGAUGUCUUUGUCGGAACGAUUGACUACGCCGCCCCCGAAGUUCUCCAGGGCAGGUCGUACCGAGGCAAGGAACAGGAUAUAUGGGCCCUGGGCAUUCUCCUCUACACCAUUGUCUAUAAGGAGAAUCCCUUUUACAACGUCGACGAAAUCCUCGACCACCCACUCCGCAUCCCCUUUCUUCCUUUCUCGGAAGCAUGCAUUGACCUCAUCCGGACAAUGCUCGAUCGCGACGUCGACAACCGCCUCACUAUCACUGAAGUGCUUGAACAUCCCUGGAUGGUGGAAACCUGA